CAAUCUAUGAUUUUCUUGGCUGGUCUUGCAGCUUCUGGAUCCAGCUACAAUAUCAUCGACGGACCCAAGAAUGCAACGGUGCUGGUGGGCUGGGAGGCCAGCUUCAACUGUACCGUGUCGCAGGGCUGGAAGCUCAUCAUGUGGGCUCUGAACGGCAUGGUGGUCCUGAGCGUCACGCCCAAGGAGCCCAUCAUCACCAACGACCGCUUUACCUCUGCGAGUUAUGAGGAAGGCAAUAACUUCAUCUCCGAAAUGAUAAUCCACAACGUGCAACCCAGCGAUGCGGGGCUUAUCGAGUGCAGGCUGCAGAACAGUAACCUCGAGGGAUCCGCCUUCCUUUCAGUCCAAGUCAUGGGGAAGUUGCUCAUUCCCAGUGAAAACCUUGUGGUCGUGGAGGACGAACGCUGCAAUGUGACUUGCCAUGCGGUGGGCUGGGCCCCGCUCCCAGAUCUUUCCUGGAAGAUCGGUGUUUCAGCGAGUCAUUCGGCAUAUUACUCCGUUUGGGAGCCUGAUGGCCUUCAAAGCGUCCUGAGCGUCCUGGUUCUGACGCCGCAGAGCAAUGGGACGUUGACUUGUGUGGCUGACAUGAAGGGUCUGCAAGUCCAAGAUGCGCUCACUGUAAAUCUCACGGUGGUUCCGCCUCAUCAGGGCGGUAUUGAUAAACCACAUACCUCGUUGCCUACCUGGGCCACAGCCUUACUUGCAGUAUCAUUUUCACUGCUUUUCAUCCUGAUCAUUGUUCUGAUUAUAAUCUGCUGCUGUUGUGUCUCCAGGAGAGAGAAAAAAGAAUCCAGUGCUGAAGGUAGAAUAAUGAAAUCUGCAGAUGUGAAGACAAACAAAGACCCUUCUGAGCCAGAAUUAAAAGGAGGAAAUGAAAACUGCACAUACAGUUCAGGUGAUCUGAGAACCACAGACACCCUGUCUCUCCCUUCAAAGUCCUCCAACUCCAACAUCCCUGAACGACAGAGCAGUGAGCAACCUCAGCAGGUGAUUCAGACUGUUUCCACCCUUUUUGGACUUUUUGGGGGCCAUUUGAAAAUCCUUGCCUUAUGGUUUUAG